AUGGCAUGUCACAGUACUCUUCAAUUCCAACGCAGAGUCAAACUCAUCUCCCUUGCAACACUCCAACAAUUCACAGACACCGCCGAAAUGAUCAAAACAGCUGUCGUCAGUGGUGGUGCCAGAGGCAUUGGCCGCACUCUUACACGGUACUUCCUCGAGCAAGGCUAUCGCGUGUUCGUCCUGGAUAUCGAUGAGGAGGAAUUGAAAUACACCAUAGAAACACACCUCAAGUCCUAUUUCGAAAAGAAUGCUGUCGGCUCGGCUCUAUGCGACCUACGCGAUACGGAUGCGAUUCACAACAAGAUCCAGGAAGCAGCUGAGUUUUUGGGAGGCCGGAUUCAUCUGGUGAUCAACAAUGGAGGUAUCGCAGCCCCUCACUGGAGAGGUGGCAAGACUGUCAUGGACCGCGAAACACUAGCUGAGUGGCGAGCCUACAUCGACACCAAUCUCACCGCACCUUUCGCCGUGUCGCAAGCUUGUCUGCCGUUCAUGAAGAACGAGAGAGACACAGAGGCAGUCACCGAAGAUCACCACAGCACCGCAGGACCGAGCAUCGUCAACAUCGGAUCUUUCCGCGCCAUGCAAAGCGAUCCCAACCAAGAGGGAUACGCAUCUGCAAAAGCUGGCCUUCUAGGCCUCACGCACAGCAUGGCUGUCAGUCUACAACCCUUUGGCAUUCGUGUGAACCUUGUCGCUCCUGGACGUAUCAAGGCCGCGCACGAAUCAAAACAGGGAGACGAAAUGGGCAUUGCGUGGGCAGAUCUGAACGAGGAGAAGGAUGUCAAGGACCAUCUUACGAAUCGGGCUGGACGACCUCUUGAUAUUGCGCAGGCUGUGGAAUACUUGGCCAAUGCCGGAUUUGUGACGGGUCAGGAUGUCAUUGUCGAUGGAGGAGCGAUGGCGAUCAAAUAG